ACAUCUCCUCUGAUGGCCUCCUUCUUACAACAGUUAAGACUACUUCUCUGGAAAAAUGGCCUCAGCGUCAUCCGGCAGCCCACCUGGUCGGUGGCUCUCCUUGUCUGGCCACUUGUGAUAUUUAUUAUCUUGGCGGUCACCCGUUCACAGUUUCCACCAAAACUCAAAGACACAUGCUAUGUGGCACCUAGAAAUCUUCCGAGCGCUGGGUUCUUUCCUUUCCUGCAGACACUCAUGUGUAGCACCGACAGUAUAUGCACCAGCAAAUCCUACCUAACAGAAGGACAGUCCAAAUCGUACUGGAACACAGCUCGUCGCCACCGCAGGGAUGCUGAAUCUCACAGUCUAUCAGCACUAUUCCAUGACCUACCUCCACUGGCCCAUCUACAGAAGGGAGGACUGAUUCACUCAAUCCUUAAAAGGGAUACAUCAAAUCCAGAGCUCCUAGGGCUGUGGGAUAGGAUGCUCAAUUCCAGCUUUCAAAACAUACCCAAUGUGACAGUCAUGCCAACGUUUAACAACACUGUUGUUGAUCAGACAAUGGAGUCCGUUUGGGAAUCUGUGAGCAUCUUGAAAAAAUCCUUAUGCAGCUUCUCCAUGACUGCCAUCAACACAUCAGACAGUACCCAGCAUCUCUUUACACAAGGCUUAAUAAACUUCUGUAGCUCCAACGACACUGUUCUGGAAGCAUCCUUGGUCACCCUGAACCAGGUGCUGACUGAAAUGCUGCUCAAUAACCCGACAGAAGUAUUGGGAUCAAUUGGAGGGACUGUGGUGGUCUUAGAUAUGCUUCAACAGGAGACGUCAGUGUGGGACUUCCUACUUGGCUUGCCUGAUCUCUUCCUAAAGCCGUCAGAUGAAGAGAUAUUAAACGCUGGAGCAGAGGAAUUGGAAGAUCUUAAAAGUGCCUUGACAUUUAUCCAGAGGAAUUUCCCUCAGACCAACAUCUCUACUGCUGCCACAAACCCAGUCAUCACAAAAGGCAUUGGUUUUCUCAACUACAUGAGUGCUUGGAAAGGGAGAGGUGUGUAUGUCAAACUGAGUGAUGUUGUUACCCCAAGCAACAUUCCUCUACUUAGCUCCGACAUAAGAGACCUUAUCAACCAAAUCCAGAUUCCUCUUGAUAAGAUUCAAGUGCUGUUCAACGAGGCAGACUUUCGUACCUUUUUGUGUGACCAAAACAUCACCGGAUCCUAUUGUUGGAGUUGGGAAGUGGGCAAGAUAUUUGAAGCGAUAAAUACGUGGAAAGUUGUUGAACAGGUGCUGUUGAAAUGGAGUCAGACCUCUGCCUCAGCAGACUUGGCCUUCUCUCAGGAGGUGUUCAGUAGCUUGCUGGGCUUAGUCUCUCCAUCGAGCCUGGAUGCUGUUCUCAAACGCACUAGGUCCCAGCGCAGCAGUGAUGCUCAGCCGCAGAGCCUGGGGGAACAAUUAGUCUUCGGAUUAAGCAAUACAGCAUUUGAUUUUCUACAAGGCAUGCCUGGCUGGGAAUACAUUCAGACUUUCAUGAUGGCUGGCCAUUCAUCCAUGCAGGUGGCGAGAGCGGCAAUGGAAGUACAGAUACCAUUCAUUGACAUGGUCCUGAGGGAUGCCAAGUAUGUCCAGGAGGUCUUCCUUUCUCUAAUGCAGAAUGAGACCUUUGCUAAGGCCUGGGCUGACCAUGCCAUGGACUCUAUUGUGCAAACCGUGGCUAAUGUUCUAGAGGGUCACACUAGCUGCAAAAACAUUUCUGCUCCCUGGGCUUGGAUGUCAACAUACAGCUCUAUAGACCUUGAGUUGUGGGGCACUCUAGUUUGUGAUGGAAAUGACACACGUCUUGAGGAAAUGCUGUUAAAAUCACUUUCGCCAGUAACUGAGAAGGUCCAGCAGAUGGUUGGUGCUGUGCAUGGAACUGAAAUGUACAAUGUCACACCCUCAAUACUUAUGGCAGAGUGGCACAGCCUGUACAAAACCUACCUGCAGUAUGUCACUGCCCUCCAGAGCUUGCAAACUGUGGUUAAUGAGAACUAUUUUGCGGGGAACAUUUCAGUCGGAUUGUCCCAGAUUCUUUUGACCAGGGCUACCGGUACAUUUGAGAACAUGGGUUCUCUGCUUGAGAACAGCUAUCUGUGGCCCUCCAUGGAACCAUAUUUCCAUAUGGCUUAUUGGAUUUUGACCUACCAACCCAAUGCCACUGCAUCACCAAACUGCACACUUCUUCCAUCUGCCUUCACCUGUCAGACCGGCUUUACCUGGGAAACAGCUGUUCCACUGAUUCAUUCUUUGUUCUCUGAAGUGUCAAGAGAACCAGACAGUCUGUUAAGACCUCUCCAGGGGACAGUAGCUCUCCUCCAAAACAGUUACAUGCAACUUUUACAGAAAGUCAUUGCCAAUGGCCUACCAGGUCAGCUCCUUGUUGGUGACUUGAGACUUAGAGACUUGUUGCUGAACCUCAUUAAUACAGUUGAUAAAGAAAUUCAGCUCCUCACCAACAUUCAGUCCACACAACAGUUUGAUACUCAGCUCUCGCUCACUCUGUUAAAUGACAUCAUGGAAGCUUUUGGACUGGGGAAGAUAGAGAACCUGUUGUCAGGAGGUUCCCAAACAUCGAGCAUGCACCCAGUCAUCAUGGGCGUCCUUCAGGUCUUGAACAAUGGGUCCAUCCAGAUGCUAAAUGUAGAGGAUAGUUUUGCAGUUCUUCAAGCUAUUUUGAGCCAACUUGGAGCCAUCUUGCCUCCAGCACAACAGUAUCAGUUUGAAGCAGUGCUAAAUAAGACUUAUGCCCUCAUUCGAGAUCUGGAGAUGUGUUCAGCUUUUGGCCAGGACUGUGUUGCUGAUGUCCAGAAUGCCUGCGAUAAUCUUGGAGCAAUCCUUGCAUUUGAAAAUAAUAUGACGAUCCCAAUCACACCUCUGGGUAACAUGACUCUCCCUGUUGUGCUUGAUGUUCUCACUCUGCUCCUGCCAUGGAACAUGUCCCAGCCAUCAGAAGCCUCAAUGGAAAUUUUAAGAAAGAUUCAGUAUCUUCUUGAGCAGGCUUAUGCAUCUCCCCUGAACAUCAGUCAAGUUUUACAAGUCUCCAAUCUCACCAAUUUGGAAUUAGAACAAGUCAAUUCAGUAAUUCAUUCUAAUUGGUCAGCAUCCUUACUUAAGACUCUGAAUAUGGUCUUUCAAAUCCCACAAUGCAUGAACACUCAAACUACACAGUCUCCCCAAAAGCCUCCUGCUAAUGGACAAGCCGAAUGUAUCUUUCAGCUAAUCCAGACUGCUUCUGGUUUACUUGGAGUAAUACCUGUGGCAGAUAAUGUUCAAAUGACUCUUAAUAAUUGGCUUAACAUAAUUUCAAUAGAGUAUCAGAAACUAAAUAACAUAUCCAUUUCUGGAUCUGACCCACUUGCACUAACAGAAGAGGUGCUGAUUACAACACUGUCAGCCAUUAGACAAAACCUUCAGGGUCUUGAUGUGGAGAACAUCACUGAUAUUACCAAUGAGCUCAACAUUCUGGAAGACCUCUUGAAAAAUGUAUUCAGAGAACAAUACCCAUACCACACCAUUAACUCGACAUUGAUGGUGCAGAGACAGUAUGCACAGAUGGUGUAUGGAGAAAUCACACUGUGGUAUUUAAACAAGCUUGGAAAUGCCACCAGUGGCAGUAUGUUUGCUGAGAUUCUCCAUCAACUGAAACGCAUAACUGAAAUGCAGGUGGCACUCAACAAUGCAGCAGCAGAUAUGGUGACGCUAGCAAUGAAUCAGAUCCAGAGCUUGAGUCAUAUGAGGUUUCCUCUGGAAGGCGAGGAUCUUGUACAAGUUGCCAAUACAACCAUGACCAUGCUGCAGGAUGAGCUGGCACUGAUUAAAGGAACUCUUGAGAUCCAGCAGGCGUUCUAUGAUUCUCUAGGCUCCCCAAUGAACAACAGUAUCCCUGCUGAAAUUGAAGCUCAGAUCAUGACCUACCUCAACUUGACAAGGGAGUGGAUCACUAACCCAAAUGUGAUGACAGCACUUGCUAGAAUUUUCCAGUGGGAAAUUAGCUCUGUAGAUAUUACAACACCUGGGAAGGAUCUUGAGCAGCUCCUCCAAGCCUUGACUCCCCUACUCCAUCUUGAAGAUAAAGAGUCCCUUGUUUUUCUUGACCAGUUCUCUCAGGCAGUAAACUACGCUCUACAGGUGGCUAGCACUGAUGGUGGUGUCCGAAGUGAAAACUUCACAGAAGCCAUCAUCGGUGCUGUGAGAGUGAUUCUGAAGAGUAUAUCAAAUGAAACUGGAGCUCUACCUCAGGAUGUGAUUAACAAUGUUCUUGAUGCUUUUAAUGGCUCACUUCAGCUGAUCCUGAACCCUAAUAUGAGCUAUGCCCAAGCUAACACCCUAAUACAGGAGACUAUCCAGAUGGUAGAGGGAGCGAUUCAUACCCUUUUACCAGCAGAGGCAGCUGAGGUGUUGGUUCCCAUUAAAAACAUCAUUUUAUCCUAUCUGAAUAACAUCUCCCAGCCAGCUGGAUUUGAUCUUUGGAAUGAACUCAUUGCAAAUGUGAUGACAGAGCUUCAGAAUUCCAUGCCAUCAAACAACACAGCUCAGCCCAUCAUAUCAAUGAUAAUCAAGCUCACAGAAAACCUUCUGAGCUCAAAUGAAGGCAAUUUGACCAAGGACUGGAUCAUUAACCAACAACUGACAAUGGCACUUGCUGUAAUCUUCCAGGGGAAUGCUAGCUCUGUAGAUCUUGCUGCAGCUGGGGUGAAUCUUGACCAACUUUUGCAAGCCAUGGACCCUCUACUCUCCCCUGAAGACAAAGCCUUCCUCGAUGUUGCUGAACAGGUGUCUCAGAGACUAACCUACGCUCUACAGGUGUCUAGCACUGAUGGUGGUCUUCAAAGCGAAAACUUCACAGAAGCCAUCAUUAGUACUGUCAGAGUAGUUCUGAAGAGUAUAUCAAAUGAAACUGGAGCUCUACCUCAGGAUGUGAUUAACAAUGUUCUUGAUGCUUUUAAUGGCUCACUUCAGCUGAUCCUGAACCCUAAUAUGAGCUAUGCCCAAGCUAACACCCUAAUACAGGAGACUAUCCAGAUGAUAGAGGAAGCGAUUCAUACCCUUUUACCAGCAGAGGCAGCUGAGGUGUUGGUUCCCAUUAAAAACAGCAUUUUAUCCUAUCUGAAUAACAUCUACCAGCCAGCUGGAUUUGAUCUUUGGAAUGAACUCAUUAUAAAUGUGACGACAGAGCUUCAGAAUUCCCUACCAUCAAACAACACAGCUCAGCCCAUCAUAUCAAUGAUAAUCAAGCUCACAGAAAACCUUCUGAGCUCAAAUGAAGGCAACUUGACCAAGGACUGGAUCAUUAACCAACAACUGACAAUAGUUCUGAAUGCAGUCUUCCAGGGGAAUGCUAGCUCUGUAGAUCUUGCUGCAGCUGGGGUGAAUCUUGACCAACUCUUUCAAGCCAUAGACCCUCUACUCUCCCCUGAAGACAAAGCCUUCCUCACUGUUGCUGAACAGGUGUCUCAGAGACUAACCUACGCUCUACAGGUGUCUAGCACUGAUGGUGGUCUCCAAAGCGAAAACUUCACAGAAGCCAUCAUUAGUACUGUCAGAGUAGUUCUGGAGAGUAUUUUAAAUGAAACUGGAGCUCUACCUCAGGAUGUGAUUAACAAUGUUCUUGGUGCUUUUAAUGGUUCACUUCAGCUGAUCCUGAACCCUAAUAUGAGCUAUGCCCAAGCUAACACCCUAACACAGGAUACUAUCCAGAUGGUAGAGGAAGCGAUUCAUACCCUUUUACCAGCAGAGGCAGCUGAGGUGUUGGUUCCCAUUAAAAACAGCAUUUUAUCCUAUCUGAAUAACAUCUCCCAGCCAGCUGGAUUUGAUCUUUGGAAUGAACUCAUUGCAAAUGUGAUGACAGAGCUUCAGAAUUCCCUGCCAUCAAACAACACAGCUCAGCCCAUCAUAUCAAUGAUAAUCAAGCUCACAGAAAACCUUCUGAGCUCAAAUGAAGGCAAUUUGACCAAGGACUGGAUCAUUAACCAACAACUGACAAUGGCACUUGCUGUAAUCUUCCAGGGGAAUGCUAGCUCUGUAGAUCUUGCUGCAGCUGGGGUGAAUCUUGACCAACUUUUGCAAGCCAUGGACCCUCUACUCUCCCCUGAAGACAAAGCCUUCCUCGAUGUUGCUGAACAGGUGUCUCAGAGACUAACCUACGCUCUACAGGUGUCUAGCACUGAUGGUGGUCUUCAAAGCGAAAACUUCACAGAAGCCAUCAUUAGUACUGUCAGAGUAGUUCUGAAGAGUAUAUCAAAUGAAACUGGAGCUCUACCUCAGGAUGUGAUUAACAAUGUUCUUGAUGCUUUUAAUGGCUCACUUCAGCUGAUCCUGAACCCCAACAUGAGCUAUGCCCAAGCUAACACCCUAACACAGGAGACUAUCCAGAUGGUAGAGGAAGCGAUUCAUACCCUUUUACCAGCAGAGGCAGCUGAGGUGUUGGUUCCCAUUAAAAACAGCAUUUUAUCCUAUCUGAAUAACAUCUACCAGCCAGCUGGAUUUGAUCUUUGGAAUGAACUCAUUAUAAAUGUGACAACAGAGCUUCAGAAUUCCCUACCAUCAAACAACACAGCUCAGCCCAUCAUAUCAAUGAUAAUCAAGCUCACAGAAAACCUUCUGAGCUCAAAUGAAGGCAACUUGACCAAGGACUGGAUCAUUAACCAACAACUGACAAUGGCACUUGCUGUAAUCUUCCAGGGGAAUGCUAGCUCUGUAGAUCUUGCUGCAGCUGGGGUGAAUCUUGACCAACUCUUUCAAGCCAUGGCCCCCCUACUCUCCCCUGAAGACAAAGCCUUCCUCGAUGUUGCUGAACAGGUGUCUCAGAGACUAACCUACGCUCUACAGGUGUCUAGCACUGAUGGUGGUCUUCAAAGCGAAAACUUCACAGAAGCCAUCAUUAGUACUGUCAGAGUAGUUCUGGAGAGUAUUUUAAAUGAAACUGGAGCUCUACCUCAGGAUGUGAUUAACAAUGUUCUCGGUGCUUUUAAUGGUUCACUUCAGCUGAUCCUGAACCCCAAUAUGUACAACAUGCAAGCUAACCAUCUCACACAGGAGACUAUACAGAUGGUAGAGGGAGCUAUUCAUGGCCUCUUGCCAGCAGAGGUGGCUGAGGUGUUGGUUCCCAUGAAAAACAGCAUUUUAACAUAUUUGCAAACCAUCUCCCAAUCUGCAGGACCAGACAAAUGGAAUGAAGUCAUUGUGAAUGUGAUGAGAGAGCUUCAGAAUUCACUGCCAUCAAACAACACAGCUCAGCCCAUCAUAUCUGUGAUACUCAAGGUCACGGAGUAUGUUCUAAACUCAAAUGAAGGCAAGUUCACUGUACAGUGA